AUGGCGAGGGACUUAAAACUUGCUGGUUACUCACCUGAUAUUUCAGAGGUGUUCAUUGAUUUAGAAGAAGAGGAUAAAGAAAGUAGACUUUAUCUUCACACUGGGGACCAGUCUCAUCCUGAAUCUGAGGAAAUCUACACCAAGUUAGAAGAAAUGGCGAGGGACUUAAAACUUGCUGACUACUCACCUGAUAUUUCAGAGGUGUUCAUUGAUUUAGAAGAAGAGGAUAAAGAAAGUAGACUUUAUCUUCACACUGGGGACCAGUCUCAUCCUGAAUCUGAGGAAAUCUACUCCAAGUUAGAAGAAAUGGCGAGGGACUUAAAACUUGCUGGCUACUCACCUGAUAUUUCAGAGGUGUUCAUUGAUUUAGAAGAAGAGGAUAAAGAAAGUAGACUUUAUCUUCACACUGGGGACCAGUCUCAUCCUGAAUCUGAGGAAAUCUACUCCAAGUUAGAAGAAAUGGCGAGGGACUUAAAACUUGCUGGCUACUCACCUGAUAUUUCAGAGGUGUUCAUUGAUUUAGAAGAAGAGGAUAAAGAAAGUAGACUUUAUCUUCACACUGGGGACCAGUCUCAUCCUGAAUCUGAGGAAAUCUACUCCAAGUUAGAAGAAAUGGCGAGGGACUUAAAACUUGCUGGUUACUCACCUGAUAUUUCAGAGGUGUUCAUUGAUUUAGAAGAAGAGGAUAAAGAAAGUAGACUUUAUCUUCACACUGGGGACCAGUCUCAUCCUGAAUCUGAGGAAAUCUACACCAAGUUAGAAGAAAUGGCGAGGGACUUAAAACUUGCUGACUACUCACCUGAUAUUUCAGAGGUGUUCAUUGAUUUAGAAGAAGAGGAUAAAGAAAGUAGACUUUAUCUUCACACUGGGGACCAGUCUCAUCCUGAAUCUGAGGAAAUCUACUCCAAGUUAGAAGAAAUGGCGAGGGACUUAAAACUUGCUGGCUACUCACCUGAUAUUUCAGAGGUGUUCAUUGAUUUAGAAGAAGAGGAUAAAGAAAGUAGACUUUAUCUUCACACUGGGGACCAGUCUCAUCCUGAAUCUGAGGAAAUCUACUCCAAGUUAGAAGAAAUGGCGAGGGACUUAAAACUUGCUGGCUACUCACCUGAUAUUUCAGAGGUGUUCAUUGAUUUAGAAGAAGAGGAUAAAGAAAGUAGACUUUAUCUUCACACUGGGGACCAGUCUCAUCCUGAAUCUGAGGAAAUCUACUCCAAGUUAGAAGAAAUGGCGAGGGACUUAAAACUUGCUGGCUACUCACCUGAUAUUUCAGAGGUGUUCAUUGAUUUAGAAGAAGAGGAUAAAGAAAGUAGACUUUAUCUUCACACUGGGGACCAGUCUCAUCCUGAAUCUGAGGAAAUCUACUCCAAGUUAGAAGAAAUGGCGAGGGACUUAAAACUUGCUGGCUACUCACCUGAUAUUUCAGAGGUGUUCAUUGAUUUAGAAGAAGAGGAUAAAGAAAGUAGACUUUAUCUUCACACUGGGGACCAGUCUCAUCCUGAAUCUGAGGAAAUCUACUCCAAGUUAGAAGAAAUGGCGAGGGACUUAAAACUUGCUGGCUACUCACCUGAUAUUUCAGAGGUGUUCAUUGAUUUAGAAGAAGAGGAUAAAGAAAGUAGACUUUAUCUUCACACUGGGGACCAGUCUCAUCCUGAAUCUGAGGAAAUCUACUCCAAGUUAGAAGAAAUGGCGAGGGACUUAAAACUUGCUGGCUACUCACCUGAUAUUUCAGAGGUGUUCAUUGAUUUAGAAGAAGAGGAUAAAGAAAGUAGACUUUAUCUUCACAGUGAGAGGUUAGCUAUGGCCCUUGGGUUCAUCAAGACAGGACCCAGUGUCACAAUUAGAAUUGUGAAGAACCUAGGAAUGUGCACAGAUUGUCAUCGUAUGGCGAAGUUGAAUACCAGAAUUCUUGGAAAAGACUUUAUCCAUACUUCUCAAAACACUUUUAGUAAUGGAUACUAA